AUGGCAAAACAAAACAAUAAUGGAAAUAGACAGAGACGUCUCGAUGAGGAUUCGGACGAUGAAAUAGUGUUUUUGAAGGAAGUUCGAGUCGUGUAUCGCUCGGAUAGUGAGGAUGAUGACGGUGAUAAAAGAAUAGAAAACGAAAAUGUCCACGAUGGGAAUGAGGAGCCGGUGGAAGAGGAGGAGGAGCAGAUGGGAGAAGAGGUGCCAGAAGAGCCGGAGGUAGAAGAAGAGCCAAUAGAAAAUGAAAAUGUGGUGGAGGAACCGGAACUUCCGGUAGAGCAAAACCGUGCGGCUCCCGAACGUGAGGCACCUGUCCUGUUAGAGAAUAGAAUUAUCGAGGUGGAGGUUAUUUUUGGAGAAGAACCUGAAGAAGAACAAGAAGUACUAGUGGAAGAAGAAGAAGAGGCAGAGGUAGUUGAAAUGGUGGAAAUUAUGUAA